AUGGUCAGUUCUAAAGAGACCCCAACUGCUCAUGUUGCAGUCCAGGGCCCGCAAGGUCCGGGCGCACCGCCUGAAUUAGACAGCCCGGGAGUCAAGCGGAUUGAAGUUCUCUCAUCUUACCUAUGGAACAUCGACCGUGUGUUUCUAUUUUCUGGGAUCUUUCUCGUCGCUUACGUCUACGGACUCGACGGUCAAGUGCGGGGCACCUACCAGCCAUAUGCCACCGCCUCUUACGGCUCGCACAGCUUACUAUCGAGUAUCGAUAUCCUCCGAGCGGUUAUUGCAGCUGCAGCACAGCCAACUGCAGCCAAGGUUGCAGAUGUUUUCGGGAGGGUUGAACUGAUUCUGGUCUCAAUCGUUUUUUAUACCAUUGGUACUAUUGUUGAGGCGUCCUCAAAUACGGUCGAGCAGUUUGCUGCAGGUGCUGUUCUAUAUCAGAUCGGAUACACCGCUAUCAUACUGCUGGUGGAGGUUUUGGUUGCGGAUAUCACCUCGCUUCGCUCGCGCUUACUCUUCUCCUAUAUCCCAGCACUGCCGUUUUUGGUCAACACUUGGAUCAGUGGUAAUGUCACUGGAGCUGUUCUGGGAACGACCACAUGGCGGUGGGGCGUAGGCAUGUUUGCCAUAAUCUAUCCCAUUUGCACAAUUCCUUUGCUCGUCACUCUCUGCAUCGUUCAUCGCAGAGCGAAGAGUAGUGGCGCGUUGGAUGAUAUUCGAAGUUCUUUCCGUACACUGGGUGCUUACCGGCUGGCAAAAGAAUUGUUUUGGUACUUGGACGUGAUUGGCAUCGUCCUAUUGAUCGCCUUUCUUGCCCUGAUCCUCGUGCCAUUUACAAUAGCGGGAGGCUUGGCUUCACAAUGGAAGACAGCCAAGAUUAUCGCUCCUCUCGUUGUAGGGUUGUGCUGUAUUCCGGUGUGGGUUAUCUGGGAAAAGACAUGCAAACACCCGAUGGUCCCUUUCAAGCUGCUCAAGGAUAGAGCAGUCUGGGGAGCAUUAGGGAUUGCACUCAUGUUGAACACAGCGUGGGUUCUGCAGGGCGAAUAUCUCUACACUGUUCUUAUUGUUAGCUUUGAUGAGAGUAUCACGAGCGCAACGAGGAUUCGAUCUUUGUAUAGCUUUGCCUCCGUGAUCACCGGAUUCCUGUUGGGAUUUGUCGUCUUCAAGGUUAGACGACUAAAGCCAUUCAUCGUCGGAGGGACACUGUUAUUCAUGGUGGCGUUUGGUAUCCUGAUCUAUUAUCGCGGAGGGCCCACUUCGUCCAGUCACUCGGGCAUAAUUGGUGGCCAGGUGCUUCUGGGGAUUGCUGGAGGGCUUUUCCCUUACCCUGCCCAGGCCAGCAUCCAGGCUGCCACCAAGCAUGAGCAUUUGGCGGUGGUCACGGGCCUGUUCUUAGCGUGCUAUAAUGUCGGUAGUGCUCUGGGAGGAAGUAUUUCUGGGGCAAUCUGGACCCAGGUUCUUCCGGGAGAGCUGAACAGUCGACUUGGUAACGCUACGCUGGCUGCUCAAGCAUAUGCGGAUCCCUUCACUUUCAGCGCCACCUAUCCCAUGGGUACCCCGGAUCGGGAUGCGGUCGUUGCUGCGUACAAGUCCACUCAACGGCUGUUGUGCAUUACCGGGAUAUGCUUGACCGUGCCGCUGGUCGCAUUCUCUCUGUGUACCCGGAACAUGGUUCUAACCAAAGAGCAAAGCUUUACGAACGCCGAGGAGGAUAGUGACGGGGCUUGA